AAGGACAUGGGCGAGCCACGAAGUCGAUGGCGUGGAAUGUAGUGAAUGAAGAAAUAAAGAAAGGAAAAAGAAGGAAAAUUCACAAGACAGAGAGAGAGAGAGGGAGUGCAAAUCGAACACAACAGAAAAUGGAUCUUUACAAGGUACUGGGCGUGAGCCGGAGCGCCACCAAAGAAGAAAUCAAAGAAGCGUUUCGGAAGCUGGCGGUGAAAUAUCAUCCCGACAAGCACUCCCAUUCGCCGAAACCCGUACGAGACUCCGCCACCCUCCGAUUCAAGCAAGUCUCCGAGGCCUACGAGGUCCUCAGCGACGAUAUCAAGCGCGCUCACUACAAUCUUUCUUCCCCCUCCUCCUCCUAUUAUAAUCAUAAUUAUUCCACCAAUACACAAACGCCACCGCCGCUCCGCCUCCGUUACGGUUCUUCCAAUUCUUAUUCUUAUAAAAAUACCCAUCAACGUUACACCAGUAAUUUCUGGCAUAUUCCACUUCGAUUUUUCUCCACGCGCACCUUCCUUAUCAAUCUUGUCUUUGCCGGUGCUUUGUAUGGUGGAAUUGUCGCAAUUGAUAACAGCGGAGAAGCACUAUGGAAAAUGCACAAUCCUGGGAAAUCAUUUGAAGAAGCCAUGGAGUCAAUUGAGAAAGCCAAAGCACGUAGAGAUACAUAAGAAGGCCAUUUCUCAAACUUAGUUCACUCUCUGCUAGGCUUUCCAUGGUUUCAUAUUGGUGCCUUUCUCUGCAGCUGUGGAUCAAGAGUAUUGCUGUAUAGUUCCUCUUGUUUGUUGAUAUAUUAUUUUCUGUUCCCAUAGUUAUUUUAUGUUAUAAUUUUCAGUGUGUGAUAGUAUUGGUUAUUGUAGUACCAGGAAUAUUUCUCAACCCUGUAAACUCAUGGUUGUAUAUGAUAAACCCACAACCAUGUCUAACAGUUUUGCUGUUGGAAAA